AUGUCUAAACAAUUACAAAGAUUGAUUAGAGUUUCAUCGGUUGGCUCUGGUAGUGGUAGUAUGAUCAGAUCUUCGCUAUCAUUGGUUAGCAGAUCAUUAUCAUCAUCAUCAACUAACAAUGUCAUGUCUUAUGGAAAUCAACAACAACAACAACAACAACAACGUAUUUCACUCAACAAACUAAAUGGUAACAACUUGCAAUAUUCGGUUCGUCAAUACUCCAGUGCUGCACCAAUUCAAUUCAAAUUGGCAGAUAUCGGUGAAGGUAUUGCAGAGUGUGAGAUCAUCAAUUGGCACUUCAAAGUCGGUGAUUCCAUCAAGGAGUUCGAUCACCUCUGUGAUGUCCAAUCUGACAAAGCUACUGUAGAGAUUACAAGUAGAUACGAUGGUGUCAUUUCAAAGUUAUAUUAUAAAGUAGGAGAUAUGGCAAAGGUAGGAUCACCAUUGGUCGAUAUCAUUCCAGAGGGAGGUGCCGCUGCUCCAGUUGCCUCUGCUCCAGUUGCAGCUGCAGCACCAACACCAUCAGCAUCAGCAUCAACUACUACAUCAUCAUCAUCAUCAUCAGAUCACGAACAUAAUAUUAUUACAGUCGGUGGAAAUCCAUUGAAAGUAUUGGCAACUCCAUCGGUUCGUCACUUGGCCAAGUUGAACAGUGUCAAAUUGAGUCAGGUCAGAGGUAACGGUAAGGAUGGUCGUGUUUUGAAGGAGGAUCUCUUGAAUUUCCUCAAUGGAAAUCAAACUGCUGUUGUUGCUGCCGCUCCAGCUGCUGCCACUACUCCAGCACCAACACCAGCUGCUACUGCUUCAUCACAAAAAGACAGAGAAACACGUAUUCCAAUCACUGGUAUCAAGAAGGUUAUGGUCAAGACCAUGAAUGCCGCUGCACUCGUACCACACUUUGGUUAUUGCGACGAAUAUCUAAUGGAUGGAUUGAUGCUUCUAAGACAACAAUUGAAGCCAAUGGCCGAGUCACGUGGAAUCAAAUUAAGUUAUCUUCCAUUCUUGAUCAAGGCAACUUCGCUUGCCCUCUUGAAAUAUCCAACAUUGAACUCAAGCAUGUCACCAAAUGAAACAGAAAUCAUUGUCAAGAAUUACCAUAAUAUCGGUGUUGCAAUGGAUACACCACAAGGUUUGUUGGUACCAAAUAUUAAGGGAGUUGAGAGCAAGUCGAUUUUCGAGAUCGCUCAAGAGUUGAAUAGAUUACAAAAGGUUGGAUUGGCAGGACAGCUUACACCAAACGAUAUGUCAGGCGGUACUUUCUCACUUUCAAACAUCGGUACUAUCGGAGGUACCUAUGCAUCGCCAGUUCUUCUCUUGCCAGAGGUUGCAAUCGGUGCCAUCGGUAAGAUUCAAAAGCUACCAAGAUUCGAUAAAAACAAUAAUGUAUAUCCAGUUCAUUUGAUGCAAAUCAGUUGGUCCGCAGAUCACCGUGUAAUCGAUGGUGCAACCAUGGCUAAUUUUUCCAAUCUCUUGAAAUCCUACAUUGAAACACCAAACACAAUGUUAUUGGAUACUAAAUAA